CCGGGGUUGUGUGAGGUCACCGGGUCGUGGGGGAGGCGCCCCGCGGCUCGGGUUUCAGUCGCGCGCCAGGGCUCCUCUAUAUACAGCCGCCCCCGCCUCGCGCUUCCCGAUCCCUCAGCGCGCGGAAGUAGCCGGGCGCUUGCUGCUGGGGAGGGCUCGCGUGUGCGUGCAGAGCCCCGUCCCGUUUGCUGGCUGGGUGGGGGCGGCCUUUCGGGGAGCGUGGGCCAUCCAGAUUGUUCUGUGCCAGUCUGCUUGACUUUUGCCCCAGUCAGCGCCUUUGCUAUGGCAUCUGUGCCGUCAGCUGGCUGCCUCCUGGCCAAGAAUCAGUACUACAGAACUCGAUUGAAUUCUGAAUCCAGUAUUUCAUCAGGCAGUUCAUCCUUCUGUUCUGAUCCCGUGAACUUCUCAGACCAGGAUAAAGCCCAUCAUGGGUUACCUGAAUUAUUUGAUAAAUGCUGGUGGAUAAAAAACUUUUUCCACUCUGAACCAUCUUCUCCAAAUGUGAAUGGAAAAACAAUAUCGACCAGCAGUGUUGCAAGUUGACUUUACCUGCAGUGAUGUUACUCAUAUAGACUCAUUUAUCUAAAGCUCAGGAUCUUUCAGAUGGCUUCAUUCAGCUGUGUGAAGAAAAUAUACUGCUUGAAACUUCACUUCCAUGAGAAAGUAGAAUUUCACAAAGAUUUGUCAGUAGCUUAAAUGGUUUUGCUUAAGGCAGGCAUAGUUUCUACCUAUGCUGUCCGCUACUGAAUUGUUAAUGUUUGAUAAUUUCCAUUUAAAAAUAUUAAGAAUACAUUUAAGUGGAUUUAAUAUCCUAAUGACUAGCUCAUAUCACUGGAAGAAAUGACAGUAAAAAGUAAGAUCAGCAUAAAGUGGCCAGUGAUUAUCUAGGUUUUAUUCUGUAAGUUGAAAAGCUUCUGUGGACUGUUAGUGUCAAAAAUUUUCAAGAGUGCUGUGACUUAAAACAGAACAGUUUGUGUUUGAAAUGUCUAUUCAGUAAGUAGUAUUUUCCCAUAAGCUUAAGUUUUACUAUAUCAACUGUGCUGACAUAAAUGGAUAUAAAUUAGUUUCAGAUUAAGAUUCUUGUUUUAUAUAAUGGACCUGGCACAUCUUUCCCAAGUGCCAGGUAUAGCAGGUACAUACUGUUGAGAAGGAAGUUUACAAAAAAGUUAAUAGUUUUAAUUGUGGAAAAUCCUAUUAAACAACAAUCAUUAGCUCUGUCCCCUUGUUAUGGCUGAAUAUGGAUUCUGACCUUAAAUACAAGUGUGUACUUCUCAUUCACAUGCAUGCACCUAAGUAUUUGAGGGCAGAACAUGAGGACAUGUCAAAAUCCACAAAAGUUAGACUAUUUACCCUUUUGAUUUGCAGCCAUACUUCACUUUUUUUUAUGCUACUCUUACCUGUUCUACUGUUGGUUAAAGAGCCUCUUGUUUUGUAUUAAGUGCUGUCUAUAAAUUUACCUUAUUGGAUGUGAACUCUUUGACAGUUCCAACUCCUUAAAUAAUCACAGUUCUGUUAUUAACAAUUAUCUCUGUCCAUUAAAUAUAUUUUUACACUAAUCAUGGUUUCCCUUCUUAAAGGAUUCCAAGCUGCUUAAACUAAUUAUUCACAUAAUCACCACUCAGUGAUGAAUUGCAGCCCUCUCUGGUGUGAAGUAUGGUAGUUUAACAGUGCACAGUUAUACAACAGCAGUUAUGUUUUGUGAGGCAGAUGAGUGAAACUGCUUAGGAGAGGGUAUUGCAAAUACUUGGUUUGAGCAUUUCAUAUCCAUAAGUUUCAGGACUAUUUCUCUAUGCAGCUUUAUGAUGCAUCAGGUCUGUUCAGGUCACUUACUGAAUUUAUCUGGUACUUUUUUAAGCACUUCAGGUAUUAAGUAACAAUGUGUCCUUUUAAAGUAAACAUGUAAACUUUAUCAUGACAUACAGAUAAGUGCCAUGGACAUCUAUAGCACUGAGAAAAUAAUGAAGAAGUAGUUUAUAAUCUAUCUUGAGACGGUAUACACAGAGUAGGUGAGAACAAGGAUGAAGACAACUGUUAGAAGAAAUAGUGUGCUGGAACUCAUUACGUGAAUAUAAAAAAAGCAAUUUAUCUAUUUUUGUUUAAAAUGAUCACAUCUUUUGAUCUUAGAAUUAUUUUAAAUGUAUGUUAUAAGCUAUUCUAUUUUUA